AGGGUAUAUGCAAUGCAAACUCGUUUUUUUAUAUUUUGUUACACUCAAAGAGAUAAGACGAUAGAAAAAAACCGCAUCGAAAUCCGUUCGAUAUUAACGGAGUUACAGCGCUUCAAAUUCGUCUAUUUAUACCUGAACCGGAAAUCCAAUUAAGCCAAAUACGAAACACUCGAUAUAGUGGCUCUGCUUGUGUGACGUCACAACGAGGACGAUGGCGGCGAAUACAAGUCAACACAGCGACGAAAGCAGCGAGAGUUUAGACCUUAUGAUGGAAGCCGGGUCGUCCAGUUUCGAAGAAAUGGAAGACAAUGUACCCCUAGGCACACAGCCUUAUCUGUUUGAACCUGAGGCCAGCUCGGAUGAAGAAAUUAACCAGCAAUCUUCCCCAGAGUCAACCGACGAAGACCGACUGGGAAACACCGAUUGGUGCUCAUGUGGUUACUGCCCUCCAAUGUCAACCAUUGAGGAGUCAGUGUGCUGUCAUGAGAUCCCUCAAGUCAUGACAGUUUUGGAGGAGGAUCCUGGAAAGCCAUGCAUCAUAGAGCACAAUGGCUUUGAACCUGUGUGUCUGCACCCUUCCAGUCUGCGUACGGCGUACUACAACUACAGACAGCAUUAUGACAACUUGCCAGAAUCCAACCAGCGCAUGCGGUACAUCGGGUACAGACAGCUUGCCAGAUGGUGUUGGGGAUGGUUGGGGAAGCAUGUUCGCGUACCACUUCCUGCCUGUGCUGUCCAAAAGAUCCGCAACACAUAUCCGGCAGAAGACGGUGUAUACCAGGGAUUCAACAUGGCUUAA